GCAAUGGAACAUCCCCAAAAUGCUGUGAAUGAUCUUAGGUUUAGGAGGCGUGGACCUCCCCUGGUAUUCUGCCCCAUCCUCUUAAAUGUCAGAGCUCAGAACGUCCAUACCUUAUUUUGACUCUGAGAUCUCGAUCAUUUGGAACAACUUAUAUCAACAUAUAUUCUAGUUUACAUCAUUUCAAAUUCUUUAAAGCUACAUAGCCUAGCUGCAGUCCAUGUGAAGAAAUACGAACAAAUAUUAAUCUGAGGAUGACUAAAGACGCAUUAGCUGUCACUGUCGCGGUCUUGUGGCUGCUCUGCAACCCAGCCAGAAUCAGAGGAACCGGGGGAUUUCAAGGCGCCAUUCCUCACCCAAAUAAAUACACCCCAAACGAGUCGGAACAGUCGCCGCAGACACCGCAGGGCACUUUCAGGGGAAUGGGACCGCCUUCGGUCGGGGACGAGGUGCUGGACUCUAGCCAGGAGGCUUUAUACGUAACGGAGCGCCGUUAUCUGAAACUCGACUGGUGCAAAACGCAGCCGCUGAAGCAGACGAUCAAAGAGGACGGGUGCCAGCCGCGCACCAUCAUCAACCGCUUCUGUUACGGACAGUGCAACUCAUUCUACAUACCUCGACACAUUUAUCAAGAGGACAGCGCCUUCGAGUCGUGCUCGGUGUGCAAGCCGAAGACUUUCACGACCGUCACUUAUACCCUCUUUUGUCCGGGCCAGACCUCCAACACCAAGAGGAAGCGAGUGCGACGGGUGAAACAGUGCCGCUGUACCGCUAUCGAAUUGGAUUGAACGCGCUGACGUCAUUGCUU